UUUCUCCAACCAACAAAAUAUAUAAACCUACUCCUUUAACGGCCCAAUAGCAAUUACAGGACGCUAUGGCGGAAGAAAGUGGUAGUACCUAUAGCAGAAGCAGUUGUAGCAUUGAGAGCAGCGACGGUGUAAUAUUGGACUGCCGUGUUUACCGGCCAACAUCGGAGAACAAUUCGAGUUAUGUUGCAGUAUUAGUGCAUCCUUAUUCUGUGCUUGGUGGAUGUCAAGGAUUGAUGAGAGGUAUUGCUAAGGGAUUGUCAAGUCGAGGUGUGGUUGCUGUUACUUUUGACACUAGAGGUGCUGGGAAAUCCAGUGGCCGUGCUUCUCUCACUGGAUCUGCUGAAAUUAACGAUGUUAUCUCUGUUUGCAAAUGGGUUCACACCAAUUUCACAACAAACACAAUUAUCCUUAUUGGUUCAUCUGCAGUAACAGGAGCAGCGAUAGCAGGAUCUGCAGUUGAUAAAGUAGAGCAAGUGGUUGGGUAUGUGAGCGUAGGAUAUCCUUUUGGUUUCACUGCUUCUAUUCUUUUUGGAAGGCAUCAAAAAUCUAUAUUACAAUCACCUAAGCCAAAACUAUUUGUCAUGGGUACUAAUGAUGGUUUCACUAGCGUUAAACAAUUGGAGAACAAGUUGAAGGAUGCUGCUGGACAUAACACAACUCAUCUUAUUCAAGGAGCUACCCAUUUUCAGAUGGAAGGUCAUGCUUUUGAUGCAGACAUGGUCAACCUCAUUCUUCAAUUCAUUACCACAUUAUGAUCUUAUGAGUGAUUUCAUGUAUUAGUCAGUUAUAAUAAUACAUAGAUUGUGUUAGUUUUAUACAUGAAUAAUGUAUUUCAUAUCUAUCAAUUAAACAUCAUAUAAGUUAUAGUCAGAUAAUAUCCAGCUACCUACCAAAGUUAUUUCUGAAA